AUGGUGGGCGUUAACCCUGAUAGCCGUCAAGGCAAGAGCCCUCAUGAUUUUGGAGCAACAAGCGACUCUGAAUUUACGCCACCAACCAUGGAUGAGAUCAGCGAAACAGCUUCCUGUAGUAUCGGCAUUGACUUUGGCCGCUCAAAAUGCGAGGCAGCCGUUGUCAGUGACACAGGCAGUGUUAUACUGAUUCCUCUUGAGCCACGUAGCACUGAAAACUGCUACUCACUAUCGAGUUUCGCUGGACAUUCGUAUACUGUGUACGACCUGACAAUGCUGCUUGGGCAGAAGACAGAGACGCUCUCAGCACAAGACGUCGAUCGUUGGGCUUUUACUCCUCAAGCUGGAGCUGCUGGCAAAGCUGUCGUGGAAUCUCCUGCGAAAGGCAACGUCCCUGAUCUAGUGUAUCCCGAACAAGUUGCAGCCUUGCUCUUCGCUACGAUCAAGAACCGAGCUGAGACUUUCACUGGAAAGCGUGUCACUACUGCUGUGGUGACGGUACCAGCAGCAUUUAACCGGACCCAGCGUCAGGCUGUUUGGGACGCCUGCAGAAUUGCUAACUUGGACGUCGAGCGGCUCGUUAUCUCAUCCACGGCGUCUGCUGUCGCCAACGCAGAUUCCGUAAUUGACGCUGCGGCUGCUGUCUUCGAGAAGACGAUAGUUGUGGUGGACUGUGGUGCUGGAAGUUUGAAUGUAACAUUGGCUCGGGUACGUGAAGCUGACGGACCUUCCUCAUCGAUUGAAGUCGAGGUUGCAGCUACAGCAGGAAAUCUGGAGCUGGGGGGUGAAGCUCUAACGGAUCGCCUUUUUGAGCAUUUCCACAGUGAGGCGAAGGUAGUCGACACCAGUUCAAAGUCGACAAGUCCAGCAUUUUCCAGACGCCUGCGACGUGCGUGUAUGUUGGCUCAAAGGAUCCUUUCGACUUCACAGCAAGCUGCAAUUGAUCUGCCUUGGCAGCCUCGACGUACUUGUGGUUCUGGUGCAAUCAAUGGAGUGAUGACAGGGUUCAGUAGCAGCAUCUGGCGAGCAGAAUUCGAGUCGUUGUGUGGGUCGGAGACGUGGGACUGCUUGCCAAACACCGUUGAGCAAGUUCUCGCGACCGCGAAAGUAAAGAAGGAGGACGUUGAUGCGGUCUUGGUCACUGGAGGAGCCAUGCAAGUGCCAAAACUCCGUGAAGUUCUCGGAGACUGCUUUGCCGAACACUGGAAUCGAAUCGUGGAUCUACCGAAACAUACCGCUGCAAUUGGUGCAGCGAUGAUUGCAGCUCAGAGCAGUGGUCGUGUUUUGAAGAACGAGACCACGCCGUUGUCGCUUGGGAUUCGUAGUUCCAGUGGAGAUACACUAAUUGUAGUGCCUCCUAGCUCGACGGUACCGACGCGACAAGCACAACUGUACUACGCAAGUUGCCAACGGGAGAUCAAGUUUGACAUUCUGGAAGGGUUAGUUGCGAAUCGCACUGCCGGCGCUACUCCGAAUAGGCUGGAGCACUGUCUGGGUCGUAUUCUUAUCGAUGGGAGGCGCGCAUCUUCCCCUUUCAUUCUAAAACUUGAGAUCGCGUUCGAGCUGGAUGCGACUGGCGAGUUGGAAGUCGUGAUCUCGGAUAAAUCGAAUGAUCGAGUCACUCGUUUGCUGGUGUCUGGAGAUGAAACGUGUCUCCAAGGUGAAGCAAUUACGCUCGCCCAAACGUCUUUGGCCGAGGCGCUACACUGUGCUGCUGAUUCGGGGAAUACGUCCCUGAAGCCCCUGGUGAUGACAAACGGUCUUAGUGUCUGCAUCCCACCGGGGGAUCUCUUUCUUCUGCGUUCGAGGAUCGAACAUGCGAGUGCGUGGCUUGGUCUGCUUGAUGCCAGCCACAUCUCGAGCCAGGAACUUCUCACCGCGCGGGAUUAUCUGCGUCAGAUCCGCAUGCUGCAUCUCUCGAGCACUGCAAACAGCGCGUUAGUCCAGUUACGCCAGGAGAUGAACCUGUUCAACUGA